UAAUCAUCCAUGUGUCCUCCGUUAUGCAGUUAGUUUUGUGCUGCUCGCUGUCUGUGAUGUGAUGUGGUGAUUGUUGAUCUCGUAGUUUCGUCCCCGAAAUAGUAGUUUAUACACACUAAACACCUUAUCAAAGGGAUGGCAUUAAGGUUUUGUUACAAAUUACUUCAAAGGUUUAUUAGAAUGUAAGCAUGUGGCCAGCCUAAAAGUGAAUGGAAAAUAUUUUCAAGGUAUAUUUUCGACCAUCUGCUGACAGUUCGUGACAAGUUUGAAGGGAAAACGUUACUUUUCCUUGGUAUUUGUGAUUGUAUGAGUUAGACACGCCACUGUUUUGCUGUGUGCGAGUGCGUGUGUUUUCAUAAGAUGUUACGCGUGUGAAGCAGAGAGCGAUGUCAAACGGCCACACAGAAUAGGUCACAAAAUAUAAGGAAAAGAGUGGUCAAGGUGUUCCAAAAUCAAAAUUUGGUUGCGGGGUGUUGUCAUCUUUCUUCGGAAGUCAUCUAAAAAGCUGUAUUUUAGGCUGCUAAAAUGUUCAGAAUGGUGUUUAACAAUCGAUUAACGACCCGCAAAAACCUUGGGAAGCGGAAGUAAUUGCGAGUGCAUUCGAAGACUUGCAGAAAUAUGAAUUUCUGUCAGCUGCUUCGACGAAAUUUUGUGUGAAGAAAAUUUCUGCUGAACAAGUGAUUGUUUUUAUGUGUUAUACCCGCAAGUGGUACGGUGGUUGGUGAGUCGUUUUUUGGGGAACAACUAAAGAGCAGCUCUUCCAGUGACCAACACGAAGAGGAAGCACAACGAAAAGGGAGCUGAUUUCUUUUUAUGAUCGAUUACCUGCCUUUUCGGUGACCCUGAGUGAGGAUUUUUUCGUCGUCGUUUGAUACUCAAGCUUGAUGUACGGCCAAGCUUCACUCGUUGGUCUUUGGUGUACCUUUAGGGGCAAAAUGACUGCACUGCUGUAAUGAUGUCGAGGUUGCAAAUUUCCCAUUUUCACCUGUGCUCGCAUCAGGUGUGAUAAGGUGGCUCCAGCAUAGAAGAGUCUCACCUCCAUGUUGAAUGUGAACAAUUUUGCUGACAUCUUACAACCAUCUAUGCUACCAGAUUUAAAAGUCCAUCUAUACCCGUUCUACAGUUUAGUAGCAGUUUAGUUCUAAGCUGAUGACGAUCUGGUGACAAUAUAAACACAACAUAAAAUAAAAAUCACACCAUUCCGAACACCCCAAAGUGAAGCCGGUCUAUAUAAAGAUAAUUGGCCGGCAUCAAAAGCGAUUGCAGCAGCAGGAGAGACUCGCUGACGAUAUCUAUUACAGCAGAACACCAUCAUUCGCUAAAAAUAAAAAGGAAGGAAAAAAUAAACCAAAUCCAAACGAUUCACGCGGAAAGUGAACAUGACUUUGUCAGAACGCCACAUUUUAUCACCACGCCACUACUACGUCAUCGACAUCGAGAGCAUAACCCGAACUCGGAAGACAACGAUGUCGUUCAGAUAAACAACAAUCAACAGAGUCGGUUUUCAUUACUGGCAAAAUAACUACAACACGUGAAGCAGCACCGAAUGGACAUUCGCGCUGCUUACAGAUUUGGAAACUUUUAGAACCGACGCCAGCUGCGAGAAAUAAACCUCUACACAACUCAAUUCAUGCAACGCCAGCAGAGUACAACGGAAACGAACAAACAAAUAAACCUUUAGCUACCAGAGAGAGAAACUUCCCGACAGUGUAAAAUAUUCGCGCCUAGAAGCCGUUUGAGAACUAACCCGACUAGCCCCAACAACUUACUAUAAACAAACGAUACAUUUCCGGCAGUAGCAGAAUCAGAAGAACAAGCAGCAUGGCCCCAAGUCAGAAAGUUACGAAAAAAUGGGAAAUCUUUGCCGGACGCAACAAGUUCUACUGCGAUGGGUACCUGAUAACGGCCCCGAAUUCGGGCGUGUUCUACUUCACCGUAGUGCUCAUCACCGGAACCAGUGGGCUGUUUUUCGCAUUCGACUGUCCUUUCCUAGCCGAACGGAUAACACCAGCCAUCCCGGUCAUCGGCGGCAUUUUGUUUGUGUUCACCAUGAGCUCUCUCUUCCGAACGUCGUUCAGUGACCCGGGCAUCAUCCCGCGGGCCUCCCAGGACGAGGCAGCCUACAUCGAGAAGCAGAUCGAAGUGCCAAACUCGUUGAACAGCCCGACGUACCGGCCUCCACCCCGCACCAAGGAAGUCUUCGUCAAGGGCCAAACGGUGAAGCUCAAAUACUGCUUUACCUGCAAAAUAUUUCGACCGCCGAGAGCUUCCCACUGUAGCUUGUGUGAUAAUUGCGUCGAUCGGUUCGAUCAUCAUUGCCCUUGGGUGGGCAAUUGCGUGGGAAAACGAAACUAUCGUUUCUUUUAUAUGUUUAUCGUCUCUCUCGCAUUCCUAGCAGUAUUCAUAUUUUCCUGUACAACGACACAUAUAGUUUUGUUAUUUAAAGAUGAGGAUCAAUUUUUUGACAUUGUCAAAAAGACUCCGUUCAGUGUGAUAAUAGCUGUAAUAUGCUUCUGUUCGGUGUGGUCAGUGAUCGGCUUGGCCGGCUUCCACACCUACCUUACCACCAGUGAUCAGACAACGAAUGAAGAUAUCAAAGGAUCUUUCACUUCCAAAGGUGGUCAGCAGGCAAUUAACCCUUAUUCACAGGGUAACAUCUGUCUAAACUGUUUCCACAUACUCUGUGGCCCGAUAACGCCGUCGCUAAUUGACAGGCGAGGUGUUGUGACUGAUGAGUACCGGACGCAAAUGCAACCUCCGGAUAAGUACAAUAGUGCGCCAGUGCCCCCACUGGUCGUCAUGCAGCCAGUAAUGGAUCCCCUGAAUAAGACGUUCAGUUUAGAGAACGAAACGGCCAACACCAGUACCGGCGUGUUCAGACAACGAAGUUACGAUAACUUACAAAAUGAAAAGUCCAAUAGUAUAGCGCAUUUGGUGGAGAAUGAGAUACCACUCUCUACGACAGGACACAUUUCUGCCAUAGAAGAUACGACCGCCACAACCAUACUGGUAGAUGACGACACUAUGGUGGAAAUGGAGAUGACCGGAACUCCCAAUGGUGGUGGAAAAAGGGCCAAUUCCAAUGGCAGCUACAGUAAUUUAUAUCGAGAUUCCCUCGUCAACGGCAAAUUGAACGUCGAGGGCUUCGACCAUAUGCAGAAUUCCGAUGAGAUUAUCAACGCGUCCGACCUUAUGAUGGUGUCCAGUGUCAGUGGGCAUGAAAAUGUUUACAGUAACAUACCCUCAAGUCCUCCGGGAACUAUCCCGAUUAGCGGGAUGCUGGUAUCGCCCAAACGUACCAGCCUAAAUACUUUAAGCGUAAUGCACAACGGUGAUAUCGGCAACAAAUCGAUUGAUCCCAAUCAGCAUGUGUAUUCCAACAUUGGAACAGGAAAUAGCAAUAGCAUUAACAACGGAAACGUAACCGUGGAACAACAGAGACACAGUACUUCAAGUGGAAGUAACUACCACCAGCUCGCGAACAGCAAUGGAGGAGUUAACAGUAAAUUCAAUGUCGACGAUCAAACUUUGAUCAAUUCCUCAUUCAUCACAAGCGAUCUGGAUCUGGAUGAUCCAGUCAUGUCGAGUUCAUUUGCGUCCAAAUCAGCAGCUCCGUCCGGACAGACUGAAGCAUCGUUACCUUUGGCACCUGCAACAACGGGCAGCAUGCCAUUGCCACCAUUGAAAAGUUCCCAGCCAAUAACGGCAAUCGAAAUGAAAGACGUCCUCCGAACGCUCGAUCCGAGCGUCAUCAUUCAGGCUGCGGGACCUGUUGUAAGCCAUACGGCCAACAACACCAAUCCCACCGCAACUAAUACACUAGCAUCCUCCUCAGCUACUAGUAAUGGUACCAGCGGCAUGACCCAUGGCUCUAACCGACUGCGAUUACUGCAGGAAUCUACCAUGAUAGAUACUGCUCUUGAUUUGGACAGUUUGGACGGAUCGAUCGGGAACAACUCCCAAUCGUGCCUGGUGAAAACAGCUAUCGUCUGAUUGGCCGAUAGCUCAUUAGAUAGAUAAAAAAUGCAUCACAUGGCGAUCGCAAAAAUUAAUACUAAAAAAAACCUAGAACAAUGAUAGAUUUGACCAGCAAAUAUAAUAAUAAUGAAACCGAAAUUCUACAAGGAAACUUUUUUAUUUAUACUAACUGUUAAAAUUAUAAAACAAAAAGAACAAGUGAUAGCACAAAGGCACUCUAUAAUAGAUUAUGGCCUACACAACAGAGUUUAGGUUCGGCAACGAAUGAUGAUUAAGCUGAGAAGCUAAAACCGAGGGAAAACUAAAAACUAUAUUAUAAAACCAUUGUACGGUAUGCGUGUUUGUAAAUAUAGGACUAUAUUUUGGGAAGAGCAUUUUCGUUCAGAGGCAUUUUUCUCGCACUCGAGAGACGUGUAGGGACGCAUACUACGUAAAUAAAAAAAAAAAAAGAUUUAAAUAAUUGCUGCAAACAAUUAUGAGUACACGUAUCAAAGUAACUGCAUUGGAUCAUCACAGAUGAAAGAUUUGAAAAUACAAACUGAUUUUGAAGAAA